CGUAUAUCCGCCAACAUCACUUUCACCUUGCGAAUUCAUCAUGAAAUUCGAUUCCGCGGUUUUAUUCUUCGCUCUCAUCAUCACUGCGGCAGCCAGUGCCAUCGAUGGCCCCCGGCAUGUGGUGAGAGUUGAGGGCAUCGCGCAGUCAGAGGAGCACGAUCUGUACAAGCGCAAGGGCGGCGGCGGAGGAGGAGGCAGAGGAGGCGGUGGCAGCAGCGGCGGCAGCAGCGGCGGUAAAGGCGGCAGUUCUGGUGGGAGCAGUGGGAGCAGUGGAAGCAGUGGAAGCAGUUCUGGUAAAGGCGGAAGCUCGUCUGGAAACCGAGCCCCAAGCUCCAACGCCGGCGGCACAUCUGCUGGAGGAAGCGGCCCCAAGCCAGCGUACGGUGGUGGCCGAUACUAUGGCGGUGGUUCGACAACUCCCUACCGCGCCGGCGGCGUAAGUCCCAGCGGCAUAAUCCCUCUUGCCUUCGUUGGAGGAGCUGCUCUCGCCUUCUGGCCUGGCGUAUGGCUUUGGGGCGCGUACAUGUACCCCUAUCACAAUCCCUACCACUUCUACAACGAGUCCAGCCGUCGCAAUGAGACGCGAGACGUUCUCUGCGGCUGCGGCACUUACGAUGUAUGUGGUUGUGAUGAUAACAACAACACUGCGUACUACGACAGCAUCAUCGGAAAUGGCAGCUACAGCGCGCUCAACAAGACCCUUGUCAACGUUGCCGACGUCAACGGCACUACGACUAUCCUCAUCAAUGGCAGCUUACCAAAUGGCACAACAGCCGACGGCCAAGAUUCGGGUGCGGCCGGCCUGAGAAACAUUGCUGAGAUGUUUGGCUUCUGGCCCGUUGUUGCGGCCGUGUUCGUGUCUGUCUUCCUCGCAUAAGACGGCGAACACAUUAGUCUUCGAUGCUUUUCCUUCUACGACUAGGCUUCUCUGGUGAAAAUUGGGGUGUUCUUUGUUAACUUUCAUGUCUACGUGUAUACUUUUAACCUUUAUGACCGAUACCAUAAUGUUUUUUACGACUGUUUUGUCCGUCUCUAGAGGCAGAUGAUACACGACUACCAAUAGAGAGGAAUAAUUUGGAAUU